AUGCAACGAUGUGAGAGUGCAAAAUUCAAACAACGAGUAAAAGCACCCGGAUGCCUCACAAAAGUCAUUGUGAACAGGUACUGCCACGGCACCUGUGCUUCGUACUUUAUCCCACGACUGAACAGCAAAAAACUGAAGGCUGUUUUCAAGUCGUGUGCGGCUUGCGUACCUCGAGAUUACGAUGCCGUCAAUGUCACAUUGGACUGCCCUGGACAAGAUCCGCCACAAAUUACCAAGUCCAUUGUGAAGAUCAAAAAGUGCGAAUGCAUCGAUCUGGACCUGUCGGCGCAUCUUCGCUUAUAG